AUGUUGUCUAUGCAGAAUUCGCCGUAUUUUGCGCACCCCGAUGUGAACGGGUCGGGCCUGCAGGACGAGCGCUGCGACAGCCCCUCGGACAUCCCCACUCUCCGCUCGGUCACCACCGCGCUCCGAGCCAGCACCUCCAGCACCAGCACCGGCGCCAGUCCCGAUGAUACGUCCACCGACUCCCACGACUGGACGGGCGACCGUUCCGAUCACUCCCCGGAUCGGGAUGCGCACGCCAACGGCUACCACCCGUCGGGUGCCCUCGAUUCCGUCUUCACGCUCGAUCGCGCGCAACACGACAUGGACAGCCUGCCCAAGGUGGAGGAGUUGGACGAGGAUCUCCAGAGCAUCAAGCCGUCGGAUGUGGGGGCGGAGGAGCAAUAUGAACCGGGAGCGCCCGCGGCUGUUCCACGGAAACGUGGGCGCCCACGCAAACACCCGCUCCCUGCGCCUGGCGGCCAGGUUAAGGUCACCAAGGGCCGGUCCAAGACCGGCUGUAUAACCUGCCGUCGCCGGAAGAAGAAGUGCGACGAAACCAAGCCUGCGUGUCUCAACUGCCAGAAGAAUGCCGUCGUCUGCGAGGGAUACCCCCCGAAAGAAAUUUGGAAGAGCGGCCGCCAGAAGAUAGCCGAUGCCGUCCGCACACAGUCCCUGACCACCGUGCCUCGAAACCUUCCCCUUCUUAUUGAUGGCAUCGAGACCGACAUCGACCGCCGCUUCCUUGAUCACUUUGUGUACGGCUUCAGUCGGGUCUUGACCCUUAUCAACGAUGACUCGAAUCCCUUUAAGGAGAUCCUCCUGCCAAUGGCCACGCAACACCGGGGGCUGAUGCAUUCUCUCAUGUGCUUGUCGGGGUCGCACCUGUCCGGUCUGGACCCAGAGCCCAAACUGAAGGAGCGCAAAUACUUCCACUUCCACCGCGCGAUCCAGGACCUCAAGGACAAUAUCACGGCGUCCUCGUCCCAGAGCGCGGGCGCGGGCGCGGAUCAGGACCAGCAACUACUGGUCGAGGACCCGAUCAUCGCCUCAACCAUUGCACUCAGUCUGAACACCAUCUGUGAAGGCGAGACCAAUGGCGAGUAUCGCCCACAUAUGGAUGCCGCCCGAUAUCUGCUCGUCUCGCAGCAACCGCGCAACGAGAAAUUCCGCCAGUUCAUCGUCGAGUUCUUCCAGUACCACGAUAUCUCGAACGCGCUCACCUCCCUGGACCGCCGGCCCUCACUGAUGCAAGGCGGCCUGCGUCUCCCCGACUUCGUCCCCGGCGCCCAGGCCGGCAAUUUCCUCGGGGUGUUCGAUGGGUUGUUCAACUACAUCUCCGAGAUCACCCAGCUGCGGGACCGGAUCCGUCAGCGGUUCAACGAGGGCUACGAGCCUGCCGUCGACUACCAGACUCUGAGCGAAGCGGUUCAAAUCGACACGGCGAUCCGAACGUGGAAGACCUCGCACGAGGAAGACUCACCGAACUGGUUCCUGGCGCAGCUGUACCGCCAGUCCACAUGGGUAUAUCUGUACCGCACGAUCCGGCCUUCGCGCCCGAGCGAUAAGAUUGCGCAAGUCGUCGACGACGGCCUUGGCUAUCUGGAUCAGCUACCCCAAGAUGCUGGUGCCUACAGCAUCGUCCUGAUGCCGCUCUUCCUGCUAGGAUGCUCGGCCUUUCUCCCGCAGCAGCGCGAGCGCAUCCAGCGCGGCUUUGAGUCCCUCAAGGCCUAUUCUAACCUCCGCAACAUCGAGCCUGCCUUCAAGGUAGUGACCCGUGUAUGGGAGAUUAUGGACACCAAAAUGGAGGACAGCUGGGACUGGGAGAAAAUCAUCCGUGAUAUGAACAUGGAUUUCCUGAUCACCUAG